AUGAAUACAUCCCCCAAAUGUAUAAGUUGUAUAGAAGAUUGUUCGGAAAUAUUAAAUAUAACAAACAGACAAUUUGAAAAUGAACCUGAAAAUGUUACAUCAAGAACUAAGUUAAUAGACAUAUCGGAAAAAGAUAGUUGCACAUCUUAUACCCCUCUUAUAAAUAAAACCAAAUUUGUAAAUCAUAAAAACAACAAUGAAUAUAGUAAAGAUCGACAUAAAAUAUUUUCGUCAUUACUAAAAAAAAUACGAAAUGGAAAAGAAAAGGUAAGCGUAAACAUAAAAAAUUAUUAUGAUAAAAAAAAAUAUACAUAUAUAUAUGAAGAAAAUUUAGAUCGCAAUAAAAAAAAAGUCACAUUGUUAAAUUGUGAAAAUGGUGAUUCAAUAAAUAUAAACAAUGACACUAAUAUUGGAAUAAAUGAUAGAACUAAAAUAAAUCGAAAUGCAAGCUUUUUAAAAAUUUUCCACCAUAUUAAAAAUGAGUCAAAUGAUGGGGAAGUUGCAAAACUACGGGGUAUAAAAAUAAAUGGAAAUAAGGAAAACAAAAAAACCGAAGACUACUUAAUAAAUUUGCAGACUAAUCAAAAUAGAAACCAUGAUAUGAUAUGUAACCCUCAUAUGAAAUACUUAAGAAACAUUAAAAAACUAUUACACAUUAGUGAUGACGAAAUAAAGGAUGUUAUAGAAAUAUCAAAAUUUGAAAUCAAUUUAAAUAUUAACACAUUUUAUUAUAAAUUUAUAAAUGAAAAUAGUGAUAACUCUCUCUUAAAAUAUAAUGUCAAUUAUAAUAAAAAUGUAUAUGAUAUACAAGAAAAAAGGGGUUACAAAAAUGAAAAAAUUAUUUCUUACAAAAAAAAAUUUCCAAUUGGUUUUCUCUUACAUCAGUAUAAUAUCUCUAUGCAAGAAAAUUUAUAUUAUUGUUACAGAAUAUAUGAAUAUGAUAAUUUUGAGAAUGCUAAAAAUAAUAUGAGGUGUAAUAUAGAUCAUACAAAAUGCCAUCAUUUUUGUGCCGGAGCGAAUGGGUUAUUUGGCAACUUUAAAAGCAUUCCAAUAAAAAAUAAAAAUUGUUAUGAAUGCUCAAGAUAUAGAGAAAAUAAUGAAUAUUAUAAUGAUAAUAGUAAAGGGAAAGAGUGGUAUCCUGAGCAAGAUUUUGUAAAAAAUGUAGAAAUAAACCCAGAAUCGUCAGAUUUACACUAUUCAAACGAAGUAACUAAAAUAUGCUUUGAUACCUGCAAAUUCGAUGAAGGCUAUUUAAAAUGUUCACAAAUAAACUGUGUAAAUUGUAAAAAAAAUAAGAAAAACAUUAGUAACAACAAUAGUUGUAACAUGCCGAAAGUAAUAGGAAGCAAACAAAAUUGUUUCAAAAGUACACAUACUGAAGAUAAGGGUAAUUUAAAUAGCGCUUAUUCUAAUUCCUUGACUACAACUGACUAUCCAUAUAUGCAUAAUAAUAGUGAUGAAAAAAAAUCGUCGAAUAAAAUUAGAAACUUUCUUAAAGAAAUAAUAAAAAGCGGUAAAAGAGAUAUCACAACAAAUUCAAAUAACUUUAAUAAUGGCUAUCACCCAAAUGAAAAAAGCUACAAUAAAAAAGACAAAGUAUAUAAGGAAAAGAAAGGAGGGGAAACAAAAAACAGUUUCAAACAAGAUGACACAAAAGAAUUAUUUAAUAAAAAUUCAGAAUGGAACAUGGCAACUAAUAAAAUUAGUAGCAAUAAUAUAAGAAAUAGACAACACAUUAGCAUUAAAAAAAUGAAAUCCUUUGAAAGUUCCUUUAACACUGAUAACAUAAAACAAGAAUUUAUAAAAUCCAAGGAAAACUAUAAAGACAAUUUGGAUGGUGAUAUUACAUUCAAAUGCACUAAUGAAAAAACAAAUGUUUAUGAGGAAAAUUAUGACAAAUAUGGUAGUGCAAUGAAAUAUAAAGAAAGUAUAAACAAUAGCGAUGAAUUUUUAACAAGCCAAUAUAUUGAUAAUAAUUUUAAUGACAUAUAUUAUAUUCAAAGAAUAAAUGCAAAUAAUGACACAUUUUCUGUAUUUGUUAAAAUUUAUCAAAUAUAUAUUUUUUCGAGGGCAAACAAUGAGAUAAAUAUAGAUAAUAAAGAAGAAAAAAAUGAUGAUAAUAAUAAUAAUAAUGGAAAUAUUCAAAAUCGAAUUAAGGGUUAUCGAAAUUUCGAGGAUAGUUAUAAAGAACGAACCAAUUCUCGUAAUUCAAACAAAACAAAAGUGUCUGUAUAUGUUUUGAUUACUAUUCUCAAUGACAGCCUAUUAAAGUAUAUAAUAAAGAAAAAGAUACUUUAUGAUAUUACUAAUUGCAUAAAUCAAUGGGAGAUAGAUAUAAUAACAGAAGUCCAAAAUCUAAAAAGCACCACUAGUAAUAUAUCGAUGUCUAUUAAAAUAAAAGAAUGGAAUGAUAAUAUAUAUUGUAUAAUUAAAAAUAUAGAAAAUUUUAUUAAUGAUUAUUUAAAAGUAUUUAUACGUAAUAUUGCUAUAAAUAUUAUUUAUUUUUUGGGUAUAUAUGAAAAUAAUAUGCUACAAAAUUAUAUUUCCUUUUUAAAAACCGAAGAUAGUAAUAUUUUGCACACACAAAAAAAAUACACUUUUAAGAGUAUAUAUAAUGAUAUUAAAAAAAAAAUUCAAGAACUAAAACCCAAAAAAAAGAGAAGGAGUAAUGAGCAUAGACAAAAAAACCGUCAAAAUAUACCUCACAACCAAAAUUACAAGAAAGGGCAUAAUUGGUUCCAAAAUAUAUUUAAAAAAAAUGACGAUAAAAAAAAAUACACAUUUUUUUAUGAUGAUGCAUGUUUUUUUAAUAAUUUAACAAUUGACAAAAAAAAGUGCUAUUUUAAAUCGCAUCACGAAGCAAAUAGUUAUGUUGCAUAUAUAAAUAACAUAUAUUAUAGAAGAAUUAUGUUUUUGUAUAUUUUGUUUUUUUUUGUGUAUAUAGCAAUAACAAAAAACAUGUCCUGCUCUUGUUAUGCGUAA